AUGUCAACCCAAGAAAGCUCAUAUGCGCCAAAAUCGCCCGAUCUUUCAUCCUUUUAUUCCGGUUCUUCUUCCGACAUUCCUCAGAGCGCCAACACUCCAGGUGGAUAUCCCUUUCAAGCCGUACCUGGGGUUGGAGUGGCAGGUGGCUCGGGAGCUUCUUUAAGAUACAAUCACAAUCAGCCACAGCCCCACCAGUACAAUACAUAUCAAUCGCCCGCACCGCAGCAACAAACACAACCUACUAGUGCUCCCGCAUAUAGUAACAAUACCACCUUUAACACUUACUCUCCCCAAGGCGGUGGACAACAAGAACAAGGACUGCAACAACAAGGAGGAGGACAAUAUUACUCCCCCCAGCAACAAACCCAAUUUAUUCAGACAACCAGGCCAUAUUCUUACCAAACCCCGACCGCUACUGCACCGACCUCUGCUUCCUAUUAUCCGCCUUACUCCGAGUCCUCAUCAUCCGCUGCUUAUCACCAAUCACAAGCGCAGCCUUCCCAACUUUCAGCCUCGCCGCAGCCUGAUUUACACGAACAACAACUCAAUCUAUCAGACCCUCAAAGUGCCAUGCCGCCGCGAAAGAUAGCCCCGGCGGCAAAGCAGACCGAGAUGGACCCGUCACCCGUCAGGACAAAAUUCCCCACGGCGCGCAUCAAACGCAUAAUGCAGGCCGACGAAGAAGUCGGUAAGGUCGCCCAGCAAACACCUAUCGCCGUCGGCAAAGCAUUGGAGCUGUUUAUGGUGCAGCUCGUUCGCAAGAGUGCCGAAGUAGCGAAGGAGAAGAACUCGAAACGAAUCACUGCACCGAUGCUCAAGCAGGCUGUCGCCUCUGCUACCCAAUGGGACUUCCUCCUAGACAUCGUGGCUAAGGUGGGCGAGGAGAAAGAAGGUGGUAAGAGCUCCAGAACCAAGCCCGAAAGCGACAGCGAGGAGGAACCGCCCGAGGGACCGGAAGUCAAGAAGAAGGGACGGGGCGGACGAAAGAAGAAGGCACCGGCGUAG